UCACACCUCUAGGACUCCUCUUACUUGUUGCUUAUUCAGAACCCUCACUCUAAGCUGCAGCCAUGAUCAACCCAAAAAGGCUAAUCCCAAUGGCAAAGAAGUGGCAAAGAAUGGCUGCAAAUAAGCCUAAGAGGAUUUCAUGUCCAAAAAGUGAUGUAGGUUUGCAGUCUUCAGUGGCCAAUAAAGGCCAUUUUGUUGUAUACACCACUGACAAUAAAAGGUUUGUGGUUCCCUUGGAAUAUCUCAGCAAGAAUGUCUUUAGGGAGCUCUUGAGAAUGUCUGAGGAGGAGUAUGGACUACCCAGCAAUGGACCAAUCAGAUUGCCUUGUGAUAGUAAUUUAUUGGAGUAUGUUAUUUAUUUGGUUCAAGCACACAUGGCUGAAUAUCUGGAGAAGGCUUUGCUCACUUCAAUGGCAAAGUGUCACUGCUCCUGCUCGGCUUCAUAUUGCAUUGCUUUAGGACAGAACCAACAGCAACCCCUUAUUAACGGCUUUUGAAGGAAUGCCCAUCUCUAUAUUCUUUUGGAAUUCUUGUAUUAUGCAGAAGAAGAUCACUCGG